AAAACAAAAAACAAAAAACAAAUGUGUAUAUAUAUGUUGCAGAUAUAACCAACCAUCUUCGUCCACAACUCACCAAAAACUUGAAAGUGUUUUGAGAGAAAAAGAAUCACAGAAAUUCAUGGAAAUGGAAAAUGCAGUAGCGAAAGAGAGUAUCCCUCUUCUCACUCCCUACAAGAUGGGAAGAUUCAAUCUCUCCCACAGGGUUGUUCUGGCACCAUUGACGAGACAGAGGUCAUAUGGAAACGUUCCUCAGCCUCACGCUGUCUUGUAUUAUUCUCAGAGAACAAGCCCAGGAGGGUUUCUCAUCACUGAAGCUACAGGAGUUUCAGACACAGCUCAAGGCUACCAAGAUACUCCUGGGAUAUGGACUAAAGAGCAUGUGGAGGCAUGGAAACCAAUUGUGGAUGCUGUUCAUGCCAAAGGUGGUGUCUUCUUCUGUCAAAUCUGGCAUGUUGGUCGUGUUUCUAAUCGAGGUUUUCAACCAAAUGGGCAAGCUCCCAUCUCUUGUUCAGACAAGCCAUUGAUGCCUCAAAUCCGCUCUAAUGGCAUUGACGAAGCUCUGUUUACCCCACCAAGACGGCUAAGUACUGAAGAAAUCCCUGGCAUUGUCAACGACUUUAGGCUCGCAGCAAGAAACGCUAUGGAAGCUGGCUUUGAUGGAGUUGAGAUUCAUGGAGCUAAUGGCUAUCUGAUAGACCAGUUCAUGAAAGACACGGUGAAUGACAGAACAGAUGAAUACGGUGGAUCAUUACAAAACCGUUGCAAGUUCGCACUAGACAUAGUUGAAGCAGUGGCUAAUGAGAUAGGCCCAGACCGUGUUGGAAUCAGGCUCUCUCCCUUUGCUGACUACAUGGAGUCUGCAGACACAAACCCACAAGCGUUAGCCCUUCACAUGGCUCAAUCUCUGAACAAAUACGGGAUCCUCUACUGUCAUGUGAUAGAGGCAAGAAUGAAAACAAUGGGAGAGAUAACAGAGUGUCCUCACUUGCUAGUACCGAUGAGGAAAGCUUUUCAGGGUACUUUCAUCUCAGCGGGUGGUUUCAAGAGGGAAGAUGGGAAUGAGGCAGUGGAAGAGGGACGGACCGAUCUUGUGGCUUAUGGUCGGUGGUUUCUUGCAAACCCGGAUUUGCCUAAGAGGUUUGAAGUGGAUGCAGAGCUGAAUAAAUAUGAUAGGCCAACGUUUUACACUUCUGAUCCUGUCGUGGGUUACACGGAUUACCCUUUUCUUGAAUCAACAGCUUAAAUUUUUUCAUUAAGAAUGUUAUGUGUGUUCCUCUUUUAUGUAAUAAGAUGUUUCUGGCAUUAAGAUAAUGUUGCAAGUGUAACAUCAAUCAUAACCUUCCGGCUCA